GCCCCACCGCGCGGCGCCUCGCUCGUUCACUCUCCCCAAUGACGCCGACUCAGAACAUUGUAUUGCUAUUCUCGCUCGCAAAUAUCGGUUAAGAUGGGGAACUAGAUCCACACCCAGCCGCACACAUUGUGUGCCAGCACACCCAACAAAAAUGGAGGCCAUCAUGGCGUUUUCACUACUUUCCACGAUCUUUGGAUCGGACCAAUCAUUUAUUUUAACACCAGCAGUGAUACAGUCCAACAAAAAUGGAAUUGGACACUGCUAUGGAGCUCAGCUUUUGGAAGGAGGAGCCCCUCUCGCCCUUCUCAGGGCUUGUUGAGGAGGAAGCUGAUAUAUGGGAGCUUUUUGGAGACGUCAAGCAAGAUGAGCAAGAAGCGCAAGAUCCGCUGGAUGUCAAGGGCAAGGCAGGAGCCUGGCUUCCUGACUCGCCCAGUGACUCAUGCGACUCUCUUUCACCAUCCACCACAUUCAGUGCACGGGCUCAACUAGCAUCACAACUUCUUGAAGAUCUCGAUGAAGUACUUAUCAAACAAGAAUCCUUCUCGGAUUGGUAUGAGUCGAAGACGGACCUGCCGAUGUUCGAGGAGCUGCCCUCGCCGACGCCGUCCCUCUGCAAGGACGACGCCCUGGCGGGGGUGGCCUCUCGCCCCUUCGCCGGCCUGUCCUUGACGCAGCCCCUGACGCACUUCGCCGCCAACGUGGUCCUGCCCGCCUUCGCGCCCGCCGCGCCCGCCGCGGUCCAUAAACCAAAGGACAAAGAACAGAACAUAAAAUUAGUAAGAUAUAACGAAUGGCACAUAACGCAGAUCAUACACAUAAUUCUAGAAUCAUUUGACUUAAAAUUAACAUCACAUAUUUUGAUAUCAAAAUAG